GCUCUUUGCACUUGUCGGAAUAUAACGUCCAGCAUGUCAACUUUGGUUUUGAUUGCUAUCACCAAGUCCGCAAUGCUUCAUCAUAUCCAUCUCGAGAUUGAGCCAUCGAAUCAACCAUAUUCGCUGCUACGCACUUAUCCGGCCAUGUCAGACAUCGAUUAUAUGCAUACCUACAUAUUUUCAAGUGGUCGAAUCGAAUGCGACAUUGUUCUGCAUAUGAGCCGGACCAAUCUUCAAUUGGAUGACAGUUUCGUAGGUGGGCUUAUGCCCAUUGUGUUUGAGUUUUGUUCUUUCAAAUCACCGUUUACCGCAUAUCAAGUUCACAAUGUGAAAACUCGGUAG